AUUCGCACCGACAGGGAGUGUUAUGAGUUAAUGCUUUCGCUUUCGAGGCAGGUGCAGGAGUUGAAUGCGUGCGGGAUCGUCCACGCUGACUUAAAGCAUAAUAAUAUCAUGGUUACCUACGACGGGGCGAAGCCUGUGGCCCACCUGAUAGACUUCGGGUUUUCCACGAAGAUAGGUCAGAAGUCGCACAUUGGUUAUUACUGCGUAGACUGGGAACAUGAGCUCUAGAUCCGUUCUUGGUACGCAGCCGAAAUCUUUAAAUACGAAGUAUUGGACGAAAAAACCGAUAUAGUAGGGUUGGCCCAUUCAAUUUAGAGUAUGCUUAGUCUUCUGCAGUGCAAGAAUGUGGACCUUGAAGUGCUCUUAGAUUAGGCUGCGUCUCAUGACAAGAAUGAGCGCCCCCCCGUAGAUGCGUUCAUCAGCUUUUUCGAAAAAACACUAAAUGAUCUCGAGCACAAGACCGCACUAAAUUGCCAAGAAAAUCAUGGAAAUCCAUGAUCGCCAACGUUCUGGUAAGUAAGAUACAGGUA